CCCCUUUAAAUGGACUGCUACAAAUAGGCAUGAAAUCAAAAUCCUAUUCUCCUCCACUAUAACUUCAUUUACCAGAUGGCUCCUAUCCAAAACUAUGAUUACAACUUCCCAUAUUUCCCCCAACCACCACCUCACUCCUCUCCAUCCCCACCACAAUUUCCACCACCUCCUCAUCACCCUUCCACUCCACCGCCUCCUCCGGCAAAACCGCCUAGUCAUUCAACUCCACCCCCACCACCAUCCCACCAUAUUCGUCCACCACCACCACCUCAUGUUCUUCCCCCUCCCCCCCCACCUGGCCACCACUCAACCAUUAUAGUGGUCGUCUUUAUCUCACUUGGCGGCUUGUUCUUUUUGGCAUUCCUCGCCAUCGCUCUGUGCUACUUAAUCAAGAAGAGAAAGAAGAGAGCGAUUCAAGAAACGGAUGUAGUGAGAAUUGACGAACAUGUGAGAGUUCAGGAAGCCAUCAUUCAGGGUCCACACGGUGCACAAGCUGUUAUACUAUCCAUCGAAGAGGAUGUGCAUGUAGAGGAAGAUAUUAAGAGGAAUGAAAUGGUGGGUAAAGGAAUAAUAUCACAUGUGAUUGGACCUACAAAAGAUCAUCCUCAAGCUUUGGUUGUGGCAGCAUCCACUUCUGAAUCCGGUGAUCAUCACCAUCUUGAUCACAAAAGCUGAUUGAAAAUUUCUUAAUUCUUUCCCAUGUAUGUUCAAGAAGAAUAAAAUGGAACAAGUGUAACAAACGUUGGAGACUUAAUAUAUAUAUUGAAUAAAGAAGGUUGUAUUACUAUGAGCUAAA